ACCAGACCCACAAUACAAAAAAGAAAAGGAAGCAAGAAACAUGAAAAGGAUGCCAAAACUAGAACCUUUGUUUUCAAUGCGCGUGAGCUUCCAUCUCCAAUCAACAGGAAGUGACAGCCAAUGCAGUGGUGUUUUCGUACGUCGGACCUUGGCGUUAGAGUGCUUCUUCAAGUGUCAAAGCUAGUUCCCAUCAACAUGGCUCUCUCCUGUUUCCCCCACUCGCAAAUGAACCUGCGCGUUGUACCACGCUCCCUAUGCCACCAUUGAAACUCCUCUCUCAGUCGCUCAUGCCUCCCUUAUUUCUCUCUUACCCCAUCACCUCUCUUUCUUCCUCCCUCCCUGUCCCCCUCUCCCUCUAAGAAAACAGGCCCGUCGAGAAAGACCAAACUAAGCCAAUCCCCAUAUUGAAAACAAUAAGAAAAGAGACCAAAACUUUGACAUGGACACUCGCCGGAAAACGAAAAUCCGGCGACAACAACUCCGGCAGCCUUUCCAAGCUGAAUGACAGUCUUGAAUCUCCCGUAAAGUUUCAAACUUUGACCUUUUUUUUGCUGAACUACUAUACAUAGAAUAUUACAUAAUGGCAACAAGUAACACAACAACUACACCACCACCACCACAACACCAACAAGUAGACACAGCCACGGCAGAGGAGCUAACAGCAAAGGCAGCACACAAGAGAUAUGAAGGUCUAAUGAUGGUAAGGACCAAAGCAAUAAAAGGAAAAGGCGCGUGGUACUGGGCUCAUUUAGAACCUAUGUUGGUCCACAACACCGACACUGGCCUUCCUAAAGCUGUGAAGCUACGGUGUUCAUUAUGCGACGCCGUUUUCUCCGCUUCAAAUCCUUCACGAACUGCCUCUGAGCAUCUGAAACGUGGUACCUGUCCUAAUUUUAACUCUGUACCGAAACCCGUUUCUUCAAUCUCUCCAAACACUGCCUUGCUGCCUUCUCCUUCUUCAAGCGGUGGUGGUGGUGCUAUCACAGUAGUGCAUGGUAGCAGUAAUAGGAAACGACCUGUCGUUUCAAGUUCAGGGCUUUCUGGUUCUGUUGGAGUUGCAUCAUCAGCGUAUCCAGUGACAGCCGUUGGUAGUACGUACCAAGUAAGUCCUCUUGCUAUUGUGGAUCCAUCAAGAUUCUCAGGUGAGAUGGCUAUGCUGCCCCAACAGCCACAUUUGAUGUUGUCUGGUGGGAAAGAGGAUUUGGGUGCUUUAGCUAUGUUGGAAGAUAGUGUAAAGAAGUUGAAGAGUCCUAAAACUUCUCCAGGACAGGCUCUGAGCAAGACCCAGAUUGACUGUGCACUUGAUUAUUUAGCUGAUUGGGUUUAUGAGUCUUGUGGGUCUGUGUCCUUUUCGAGUUUAGAGCAUCCAAAGUUCAGGGCUUUUCUGAAUCAAGUUGGUUUGCCUGUGGUUUCAAGGAGGGAUUUUGUUGGUGGGAGAUUGGAUGUUAAGUACGAGGAAGCUAGGGCCGAGUCUGAGGCAAGGAUUAGAGAUGCUAUGUUUUUUCAGAUUGCAUCGGAUGGGUGGAAGGUGAAGAGUAAUGGGAGCCCUGGUGAUGUGAAUUUAGUGAAUUUGACAGUGAAUUUGCCUAAUGGAACUAGUUUGUAUAGGAGAGCUGUGUUUGCUAGUGGUUCAGUGCCUUCCAAGUAUGCAGAGGAGGUUUUUUGGGAGACCAUAACAGGCAUUUGUGGGAGUCUUGUGCAACAGUGUGUAGGGAUAGUUGCAGACAGGUUUAAGGCCAAGGCAUUGAGGAGUUUAGAGAACCAGAAUCAUUGGAUGGUCAAUCUUUCUUGUCAGUUGCAAGGUUUCACUAGUUUGAUUAAGGAUUUUAGUAAAGAGCUUCCACUGUUCAGGACUGUGAGCGAGAAUUGCUUCAAGCUUGCUAGUUUUGUCAAUAAUAAGACCCCAAUUCGAAAUAGUUUCCAUAAAUAUCAAUUGCAGGAGUAUGGGAAUGCAGGAUUAUUGAGAAUGCCCUUGCGGGAUUAUGAGAAGAUGGAUUUUGGACCUGUGUAUACAAUGCUAGAGGACGUAUUGAGCUCAGCUCGAGCAUUGCAGUUGGUUUUGCAUGAUGAAUCGUAUAAGAUAGUAUCCAUGGAGGAUCCUACUGCAAGAGAAGUUGCUGAGAUGAUUGGAGAUGUGAGAUUUUGGAAUGAUAUGGAUGCGGUGCAUUCGCUAGUUAAGUUGAUAAAGGAAAUGGCUCAAGAGAUUGAGGCAGAGAGGCCAUUAGUCGGGCAAUGUCUGCCGCUAUGGGAUGAACUUAGGGCAAAAGUGAAGUCCUGGUGUUCAAAGUUCCACAUUGCUGAAGGAGCAGUGGAGAAAGUGAUUGAAACAAGGUUCAAGAAGAAUUAUCAUCCUGCUUGGGCUGCUGCAUACAUACUCGAUCCACUUUAUUUGCGGAGGGACAACAGUGGCAAAUACCUUCCUCCUUUCAAAUGCUUGACCUCGGAGCAGGAAAAGGAUGUGGACAAGCUUAUAACCAGGCUUGUUUCAAGGGAGGAGGCUCAUAUUGUACUAAUGGAACUCAUGAAAUGGAGAACAGAAGGGCUUGAUCCUGUGUAUGCAAAGGCUGUCCAGAUGAGGGAGAGGGAUCCCAUCACAGGAAAGAUGAGAAUAGUAAAUCCCCAGAGCAGUAGGCUUGUCUGGGAGACUUAUCUUACCGAGUUCAAGUCACUGGGCAAAGUCGCAGUUAGGCUUAUUUUUCUUCAUGCCACUUCAUGUGGGUUCAAAUGCAAUUGGUCUUGGCUGAGAUGGGUGUAUGCCCAUGGGCAAUCAAGGGCAGGCAUGGACAAGUUGCAAAAGUUGAUAUUUAUCGCUGCUCACUCAAAGCUAGAUAGGAGGGAGUUUUUGAGCGACGAAGAUAAGGAUGCAGAUCUCUUUGCAUUGGCAAACGGUGAGGAUGAUGUGCUAAACGAGGUUCUCGUUGAUGCAUCCUCAGUAAGAGCUCGACAAGGAUAUUGUUGAACUGGAGAAACCACCAUAAGAUGUUGGAGGUUAGUACAAUGCCAUGGACAAUGAUUAAAGGUGGAAUUCCGCCAGAAGAAUCCAAAGACUUCACUUGAAAUUUUUGGAAGUGAAAGGUCUGUUUGUAACUAGAGGUUGCUUCAACAAGCUGGUUUGGUGAAUGGCGAGCCAAGUACCUCUACGUGCAUCAACAACCUCGGAAGGACCUGAAAGAACACCUUUCUAGCUAGAAAAGCACUUCUAACUGUUAUCUCCUGGUUUUGUGUCUUUGGGAAGGUGGAGUCCCACCAUGAAAGAAGUGGAAGUCUUCUUCCCAUCUUUGGUUGUCAUUGGGGG